UCUCGCCCUUGUGACAAGCGGUGAUUGGUCGAUUGGUAGCUCUCGCUCUCAGCUCAACGGUCCAUGACCGAAUCUCGCAACCAUGAAGCCCUUCUUCGUUUGCGCUGGUGCCAGUGUGAUCCAGGCGCCCCAGUGGUCUGCUGUGAAGAACAUGGUGGACUCCUGGGUAGACUUGGAGCUGAAGCAGUCGCGCGUGUUGGCAAAGUUAUACAACGCAAUUCUGGAUGCUGAUGCACUUGAGGAACAUAUACAGGACUGCGCGUUCGGAGUCCUGGUGGUGAUGAUGAUCGCUGUGCGAUCCAUUGAUUAUGAUUAUGGCCAGGUCGCCGCUGCCAGUGUCUUCUUGGAGCUUCAGAGUCUGCUGAAAAGGCUGGAGCCCCUGAAGGAUGUGGCCAAAGAAGAAGAGUGGUGGCCUGACACGCACGAUCUAAUUAUUUACCCCUCUUUGCUGGGGCUUUCGGCACCGCAUGAUUGUUAUGGAUCGCCGUUGCGUUUCUACAUCUAUGAGCUGAAAGACUGGACGCCUGCGGGCAACGCUGAACGAGGCGUUCUCCAUUGUCAACAUGGCCAGUGGGGCUUGGAGGCGCUCAUCCCCUGGUGGCUCCGCAGAGGCAGUUGUGUCACCAACAACCCGGAGGAGGCGGACUACUUCUUGGUGCCAUGGCACACAUGGUGUGACCGUAUGAUCUUUCGGAUGAAUCAGUCCCGCGAACCUAUCGGGGACAUCUCCGCAGUCUACUUGGACUUGAUGCGACGGAAGGAAGAACUUUUGCCACACUGGUCACGGCAGUUGGGAAGGGAUCACCUUUUCAUCUUCUCAGACCAGGGCAUGAACUUCUUUCCGGAGUGGAGGGAUCACAUCGCUCAUUCGGUCUUCAUCACCACCGAGGCCCUCACACCAGGCUGUGGACCCAGUUGCUUCAGCCCCUGGAAGGAUGUGGUGGUGCCAGGCCAUCCUGACUACUAUCGAUUCCGGAGAAUGCGUGAGGUGAACUUGCCCUCGGAGCAGCGGGACUUGCUCUUCAACUUUCAUGGGCGGCACCCAGGAUUCGGGCCCUCCUACUACAAGGACAACGUGGUCCGUGGGAAGAUCAUCGACAUUUUCACAGGAGUGCAUGGUGUCAGCGUGGGUGGCUUCGUGGAAGGAUACUUCGAGAUCAUGGGCGCUUCCCAUUUCUGCUUGGUGCCGAUGGGCACCUCAUCCUGGACGAACCAUCUCUAUGAAUCGUUCUUCGCGGGUUGCAUCCCUGUGAUCUUGAGUGAUAAUUUUGGCGUACCUUUCCACGGAGACAUCAACUGGGAAGACUUCUCCAUCAAGUGGCCCAUGCAUGAUGUGAGCAUGGACCUCUACUACUUCUUGCUAUCCAUGCCCAGGGACAAACUCUACAGGAUGAAGGCAUCUGUGGAUGCGCAUGCCUGCUGGUUUGACUAUCAUCAGACCUUGGAGGAACCUGGUCAAAAUUGUUCGCCAUACCUGGGCCUCUUGCGCUCCUUGGAGAGGCGGCGGCCAGCCAUGGACCGGUUGCCGGGCCACAACAGCUUUUGGAAUCAAAAGAACGUGCCUGGCAGCUGCCUGUGUGUUGUGUGUGCGGGUUGCGGCAGGGAGGGCCUCACCUUACAGGUGAUGAUUUAG